AAUGCUUUGCAGAAUGGCUUGUUUCAAGUACCACCCCUUGAGCCGCUCACUCUAUCACCUUUAUCAAACUCCUUUAAAGCUCCUGAUUACUGUAUACCCAAGCUGAAAAAAGAAUUCAAAGAAAACGACACUUACUUCAACGAUGUUAGAAAACACGUUGAAAGCAACGACAUCGCUGGCGCUUAUGAUGCUGUUUAUGCAAAGGCGACAGAAAUGUGUACUACUGAGCAAGUAGAACGUAUGAAGGCUUUGGAAAAGAAGUACGCGACGAUAAGGCAAGGUGUUGAAGCUGUAAGUUUUGAACUUGAUAGGCAGGCGCAGGUGAAGAGUUUGGCAUUAAAUUUCAAGAUCUUACAGCGACUUGAUCAUAAAUACAUUUUAAUUUGA